AUGACGGCUAUAAGCACUGUUGCUCUUUCGGUGCAAAUCGGUCUUCGAUUUGUCGGGAUUUGGCCUAAUGCGUCGUAUGCGCUGUUCUUUCGAGGUAUUUGGAUAUUGACUACUAGUAUAGUACAAAUUUCUCAGUACUGGUGGAUUGUUAUCCACUCAGGAACCGACGACAUGUCGCACCUGAUGGACGGUUUGAGUGUCACCAUGGAAUACAGCGUGAUGUUCCUGAAACUGAUUAUUUUAUGGUUGAAUAGUCGAAUAAACUGCCGCAGUAUAUUUUAUGACAUCCUAGCUGAAAUGGCUGCAGACUGGAGGAGAGCCGCCAUCAGUGAAAUGCAUACCAUGAGGAACAAGGCAAAUAUGUCACGGUACUUUUCCAACGUGAUCAUUGGACUUCACUCGGCAGCGGCAUUUUCUUACGGUAUUGGUGUGCUAGUGUCUCAAAAUGACAAUUACGAUAUUGAUGAAGUCGAGACGCCGCCGGCUCGUGAGUUCACGCUGAAGCUACAGCUUCCGUUUGAGAGUGACGAGUCGCCUCGGUACGAGCUCGUUAUGUGUCUGGAGUUCCUUCAUCAAUUGGCAUCUUCAGCCACGACUGGCGUACUGAACUCUCUAAUCAUCACAUUAAUUCUUCAUGCGAGCGGUCAGAUAGAAAUUUUGUGUGAUGCAUUAAGGGAUAUUUCUUCCGAAAGAAAUAACCAACGUUUUGUUAUUUCCAUCAUGAAAGAACUAAUCGACAAGCAUCAGAAGAUCAUUGUCUUUUCAGAUCAAAUCGAAAAAAUUUUUUGUUACAUAGCGCUAAUCCAAUUCUUGUCAAGCUCUUUAGUGAUUUGUUGUUUAGGAUUUAUGAUUGUAACGUCGAUAAGCAGGCAAGGCUCGGAUACGAUUGAUAGCUCAUCAUUAAUGAAAGCUAUUGUGUUUUACAUGGCUGCUACAGUAGAGGCGUUUAUCUUCUGCUUUUGUGGAGAAUAUCUCAGUGCCAAGAGCAAAAUGAUUAGCGAUGCGGCAUACGAGACAAUUUGGUACGAUUUCGAACCCAACGAGUGCAAGCUCAUCCUGUUUAUAAUAUUGAGAUCACAAAGAAGGCUUACUAUCACUGCUGGAAAGAUCAUGGACUUGUCACUAGAGGGAUUCACAAGUAUGUCACGAAGCAGUAGCAUGACUGCAAGCACUGUUGCUCUUUCGGUGCAAAUCGGUCUUCGAUGUAUUGGGUUUUGGCCUAAUACGCCUUGUGCCCUGUUGUUUCGAUGUCUUUGGAUAUUGACCAUCGGUAUAGUGCAGACUUUCCAAUAUUGGUGGAUCAUUAUUCACUUUAGAACAGACGAUAUGUCGUACUUGAUGGAUAGUUUAAGUGUCACUAUAGAGUACAGCGUGAUGUCCCUAAAACUGAUUAUUUUAUGGUUCAAUAGUCGUAUAUUUUACGACGUCCUAGCUGCGAUGGCUGCAGACUGGAGGGAAGCUACCAACAGCGAAACACAAAUUAUGAUCAGCAAGGCAAAUUUAUCGCGGCGCUUUUCCAACGUUAUCAUUGGGCUUCAUUCGGUAGCGGUGUUUUGCUUUGGUAUUGAGGUACUUGCGUCCCAAACCGACGAUUACGAUGCUGAUCAUGGAACCGACACACCUGUUCGUGCGUUCACAUUGAAACUACAGCUGCCGUCGCAGUGUAACGAGUCGCCGCUGUACGAACUCGUUAUGGGUUUGGAGUUCUUUCAUCAAUUGGCAUCUGCCACUGCGACAGGCAUACUUAACAGUCUGCUCAUUUCGUUAAUUCUUCAUACGAGCGGUCAGAUAGAAAUUCUGUGUGAUACAUUAAGGAAUAUCUCUCCUAAAAUGAACAAUCAACAACUAACUUUCUGUAUGAAGGAAGUGAUUGGCAAGCAUCAGAAGAUUAUCACCUUUUCAGACAAAAUUGAUAAAAUCUUCUCUUAUAUAGCGCUAAUUCAAUUCAUGUCGAGCACACUGCUAACCUGUUGCAUAGGAUUCACGGUCAUAACAUCGAUCAACACGAUGCAAGAUACAGAAACGAUCGAUAGUACAGCAUUAAUAAAAGCUGUGGUGUUUUAUAUGGCUGCUGCAGUGGAGGCGUUUACUUUCUGCUUUUGCGGAGAAUAUCUCACUGCCAAGAGCAAAAUGAUUGGCGAUGCAGCGUACAAAUCAAUUUGGUAUGACUUUACACCCAAGGAGAGUAAGCUCGUUCUGCUUAUAAUAUUGAGAUCACAAAGAAGACUUACCAUUACGGCUGGGAAGAUCAUGGACCUAUCGCUAGAGGGAUUUACUAGUAUGUCACGAAGCGAUAGCAUGACUACAAGCACUGUUGCCCCUUCGGUGCAAAUCGGUCUUCGAAGUAUUGGGUUUUGGCCUAAUACGCCUUGUGCCCUGUUGUUUCGAUGUCUUUGGAUAUUGACCAUCGGUAUAGUGCAGACUUUCCAAUAUUGGUGGGUCAUUAUUCACUUUAAAACCGACGAAAUGUCGUACUUGAUGGAUGGUUUAAGUGUAACUAUAGGGUACAGCGUGAUGUACCUAAAACUGAUUAUUUUAUGGUUCAAUAGUCGUAUAUUUUACGACGUCCUAGCUGCGAUGGCUGCCGACUGGAGGGAAGCCACCAAUGGCGAAACACACAUUAUGAUGAGCAAGGCAAAUUUAUCGCGGCGCUUUUCUAAUGUUAUCAUCGGGCUUAAUUCGGUAGCGGUGUUUUGCUAUGGUAUUGAGGUGCUUGCAUCCCAAAUCGACAAUUAUGGUACUGUUCAUGGAACCGACACACCUGUUCGCGCGUUCACAUUGAAACUACAGCUUCCGUCGCAGUGUAACGAAUCGCCGCUGUACGAACUCGUUAUGGGUUUGGAGUUCUUUCAUCAUUUGGCAUCUUCCAUUGCGACAGGCAUAUUUAAUUGUCUGCUCAUUACACUAUCGAUCAACACGAUGCAAGAUACAGAUACGGUCGAUAGCACAACAUUAAUAAAAGCUGUGGUGUUUUAUAUGGCUGCUACCGUAGAGGCGUUUACUUUCUGCUUUUGCGGAGAAUAUCUCACUGCUAAGAGCAAAAUGAUUGGCGAUGCAGCGUACAAAUCAAUUUGGCACGACUUUACACCUAAGGAGAGUAAGCUCUUUCUGCUUGUAAUAUUGAGAUCACAAAGAAGACUUACCAUUACGGCUGGGAAGAUCAUGGACCUAUCGCUGGAGAGAUUUACAAGUAUUUUAAAGGCCUCUGUUUCGUAUGUAUCAGUAUUGCACGCGAUGUAUUGA